UCCUCACUAAGUCAGGAUCAAAAUGGGUCAACUGGACUCCGCCUAUUGACAACCUUGCCUUCAGUCAUGGUUGUCACACCGGUGGCAUGCCACCCGGUUGAACCUGGUUCAACCUGUGCCGGUCAUGAAACCGGCAUGACCGGUAUGAUUGACUUACGCAUUUUAAGUAAAAUGACAUCAUUUUAAUGAAUUUAAUGAAUAAAAAAUUUAUUUUUUAUUCAUUUUAUGAAUGUAAUAGUUAAAAGUUAAUGAUAUUUGUUGGAUUGUAACUAAAUUGUCCACAAAUAUGUUUGAUAUAUGAUUAAAUACAUUGGAUAUUAAUUGUUUUCACAUUUUUUUAAACCGGUAUGAACCGGCACAAACUGAUUAUACGACCGGUCGUACUAUUCCACUUGCCAAACCGGCACAACAAUAUAAACCGGUUUGACAACCUUGCUUCAGUCUCUCUUAGAAAAGAGGACGGACAACGGAGGGGUUGUGAGUUGUGAGUGGAGGCGGACUGUAGAAAAGUAGAAGCGAGAGAGAGGAAGCGGAAAGGAUCGCAAAGCAGAAGCCAUGAAUGCCCCCGAUCGUUACGAGCGAUUCGUCGUACCCGAAGGCACCAAGAAGGUUUCAUACGAGAGGGACACCAAGAUCAUCAAUGCCGCCUCCUUCAUUAUAGAGAGAGAGGAGCACACAAUCGGCAACAUAGUCCGCAUGCAGCUUCACUUGGACGAGAAUGUUCUGUUUGCCGGCUACAAGCUCCCUCAUCCUCUGCAGUACAAAAUCAUUAUCAGGAUUCACACCACCAGUCAGUCUUCACCAAUGCAGGCAUAUAACCUAGCCAUCAAUGAUCUUGACAAGGAGCUUGACCACUUGAGAUCUGCGUUUGAGGAUGAGAUCGCCAACUAUUCAAGUACUAGGGAGUACUGAGGGAGCCAGAGAUGAAGAUUUGCAGCUAGACUAUAACUGAAUGUUGCUAGAGCAAAACUUGUAAAAGAUCUCCCAGGACACUGGAUGUAUUUUGUACGUUAAGCAGCUUGUGCGGAGUAAAGACUGGAACUUAGAAUCUCGUGAGGCAGCUCUGAUGAUGUUUACGGUGCAUAGGACCUUCAUCGGUACUGCCCUGGUUGAUCUGUUUUCAGUUCCAUGUUUUCGUCGAUCCUUUAAUUUCUGAAUUUGGUAAUCAACUGGAAUGCUUGAAUGGAACACAUGUAGUUGUGAUGUUUCUCCAUGGAGUAUGCUUGAGCUCUUGUAUUUAACUGAUGCUUUGCUACCCUGUCCACAUAUGCCAGUGGAUCUCUGUCAUCUUUGAUAUGUUCUCUAAAGCUCCAAAACUCUGUCAACUAGGAUACCAUGUAGCAAUACAGCACACCUGCUGUCGAUACUCACGAAGUCACAAACUCAUGUGUCAUUCUUUAGCUAGUACAAUUUGGGAAAGAACUCUUCAAAAUCUAGGUGAAAGGAUGACACAGUUUUCUGUCGAGUAUAUACCUCACAGUUUUGCAUAUCUGAAACCGCGGCCGUCCAACAAAUCGGCAACAGUUACUGCCUGUAACGAAGUUGCAACCUUUUUAACCAUGUUCCACUCGGUCAUUGGCCCCUCUAUCUCCCUAAGCCUUUCCAAAUUUUGGUCCCUAUCCUUGUUAUCUGGAGCCUAAAAUCAGUCAUCUACCAGUGUUGUCAGAUCUUGCUUAGGUGUAAGGAUUUAUGAUAAGAUGGGGUCUACACAAGCCUUGAGAGAAUUUGUUGAUGUUGAAGAUGUUACCGAACACAAGGUAUUCAAAGGUGUUAAUGAGAGGAUACUUUGUUCAAAAAUCUUAGUUUAACCAUGUUCAAUCGUUUCAUACCCCGCUGAAACCGCCUACUGAUUUGGGGUCCGGUACCUGCUAAUCCCGAUCUGACUGGGCGGUAAGGUAUGGUUUCUAAAACAUUGGUCCCCAUACCCGCUGAAAUCGCCUACCGAUUUGGGGUCCGGUACCUGCUAAUCCCGAUCUGACUGGGCGGUAAGGUAUGGUUUCUAAAACAUUGGUCCCCAGGCGAAUUUGUUAACGAUAUCCGCAAGUCUGGACCGCUCAGAAAGUUGCUAAAGAUGCAAAGUAACUAAUGAAUGAUACGAUGGACUAAUCCGCUUGUAUAUUUAUGAGAUAAAAUUAUUUAUUAAUUUUUUUGACUCAUCCAAAAUUAGGUCAGUUUUUUUAACAAAUUAAUGAAUUAUAAUUUCUAAU